AUGAGUUCUAAACACCAGUUUGUCAGAUUAAACGAUGGCCACUACAUUGCUGCUCUGGGUUUUGGCACCUAUAAACCCAUUGAGGUUCCCAGGAGUAAGUCACUGGAAUCCGCAAACCUAGCUAUAGGUGUUGGAUACCGCCAUAUUGAUACUGCUUUUUACUAUCAAAUAGAAGAGGAAAUAGAACAGGCCAUUCAAAGCAAGAUUAAAGCUGGUGAAGUAAAGAGAGAAGACAUGUUCAUCACUACAAAGGCAGAGGAUAGUGAUUUUCCAUUAGAUGAACAAGGAAAAUUACUCUUGGACACAGUGGAUUUCUGUGCUACAUGGGAGGCAUUGGAGAAGUGUAAGGAUGCAGAAUUAGUCAAGUCUAUUGGGGUGUCCAACUUUAACCACAGGCACUUACAGAGAAUCCUGAAUAAACCAGGACUUAAGUACAAACCUGUGCGCAAUCACGUUGAAUGUCAUAUUUAUAACAGCCAGAGUAAGCUGCUGGAGUACUGCAAAUCAAAAGACAUUGUUAUGGUUGCUUAUGCAGCUCUGGAAACCCAAAGAUAUGGUCCAUGGGUGGACCAUAAUUCUCCAGUUCUCUUGAAUGACCCAGUUCGUGUUGUGGCCAAAAAGAAUAAAUGAAGUCCUGCUGUGAUUGCACUUCAUUACCUGGUACAGCGUGGGAUUGUGGCCCUGGCCCAGAAUUUCAAAGAAAAUGAGAUGAAAGAGAAUUUGCAGGUUUUUGAAUUCCAAUUAUCUCCUGAGGAUAUGAAAACCCUAGAUGGCAUGAACAAAAGUUUUCGAUGUUUGCCAGCUAAAUUGUAA